UAUUUUCGGAAAAGUUGCCCACCUCGUCCCAUUUCUGGAGAGAAUUAUUAAAUUUUAGAGCCUUAUAUACGAACACAAUCUGUAACCCUUGUUGAAGUUGACAUCACUGUUUGAAAUGUCAGGCAUUGCGGUAAGAACCAGUAGAUCAAUCAGAGACCUCUUGAAACACAGCAAUAAUAGUUUAUCAAACCUCAAAAUCAGAAAUUAUGUAGAGUGUGGAUCAUCACGAUCUCACCGCAAUAAAACCUUAUUUAAACAUCAAUUUACAAUCAAACCGCCGGAAUUGAGGUCACAACGAUGGGCUUCACACACCAAGAAUAGUAACCCGAACUUGCAGAACCUCGAAGAUGUUGCAAAAUACAUACGAGAUGAAGUGAGUUGCAUUAUGGUCAUGGUCGGGGCAGGGAUGAGCACGCCUUCAGGUAUCCCCGAUUUCAG